GUUUUACCAAGUCAUUGACUGACCUCACUAGCUAGUCGCGUGUUCAAAGCUCCUGAAGCCUUUGAGUCCUCAUUUUUCAGCGUUCAUUUCUAACCCAUUUGAUGGGGAAAUCGUAUGUGGUGGUUGUGGGUUUGAAGCCAGGUAUAUAUCCGAAUUGGAUAGAAUGCAACGGACAAAUCAAACACGUUCCAGGCGCUGUUUACCAAAGAUUUGAUACAUACGAGGAAGCUUUUGCAGUAUGGCAGGGAGCCUUACAAAGGGGUGAAGUGGAGGCAGUCCGACCAAAUGCAGGCGCUGCGUCAGCUUCCGCGACUAGAAUCAAGAAUGAGAUGGAUGGUGACAUGUACCAGCUAGUGGCUCCGAGCAGAAUGGAUCGCGCUGCCGAUGCUUGUACUGUCAAUAUGCAGCCACCCCAGUCGCUAUGGGAUGAUAUGUCCCUACUUCAUUUUCCACGUCAAGCGUUGUCACCAGAACCGCCAACUGGUGUGGCCCAGUACGUGGACCUACAGGAAGUUCCUUGGCUUCAGCCAGAAAGAGGAUUGUCACCCCAGGUCACCUUGGAGGAUACAUCCUACACAUCUUCAAGUUCUUGCAUAAAUGAAUCAUCACAUUUACUGACAAGAUCCCGCCCCGGUCAUAUCAGAAAGGCCGAAGCUUCGCCCACCUCUUCCGUGAUGUCCAUAGAGGAGACAACAUGCCCUCGAGAUCUACGUCGACAAGUAACUGCUCCUGCGUCAUUCGAAAUGGGAGCGCGGUACCCCACUAUCGAAGAGAUAUGUAAAGGUCAGAACUUGGAUCCUCGCGUCAUGAUUCCGCCUUCAAGGACAUUUGAUCCUGCAAAUGUCAAACCUCGUCCAGGGGCUGUUUCCGCUCGCAGAAAGAAUGGCCAGACGGAUGCAGAAUCGACGAGCCCUCAUCAUCCUACAACACAUCUUGUGCGAAAUCGUCUGCCAGCCGUCAAUUAUUCAGAAGACGACGGACAAUCCAUUUCUUCUCUUCCACGACACCGAGUUGCCAACAAAGAGAAGAGUCGAGCACCCGCAGAUGCUGCAACUGAAGCACGCGCAUCCGGUUAUGUUUGCUCCGACAAUCAGCAUUCGUUCUCACCUUACCCUUACCAUGUUCAAGAAGUCUACUCGCUUGACAGGCCUGAACAGCGCAGUGUUGUUGUCGUGCACUGUCCACCAGGCAACGGAUGCUGCCAUAGACACUGUGAAAGCGUGUCUGCUUGUAGCACAGUCAUGAACAAGCGGACUCAAUCGUGCUACGCCGAUGUCGGAGUCUCUCCUAUAAUAUCAAGUGUGAGCUUGGCUCGCACAAAAUCCAAUGUACAGGGUCCCGGAGCGCGGGCCUCUGAUGCCUCAAGUGGGCAGGGACUUCAUUCUUUUCCAAGAUUUUCCUCCACGCCUCAUGUUUCGCAUAACAAUUACGCUAUCGAAUCGGAUGUCCGUUCUCCAUUUGCACGAGGGACAAGAAUCCCGUCAGGCCUGUCCGAGCUGUCAAUAUUCGGACGACCAUCCCCUGUGAUGCAGGGACUGCCAGUGAGGGACAGGCACCACAGUGUGGUGAUCAGUCGAGCAUGAUAAGAGGACCAGACUAACAGUUCAAGGCUACGUGUCCAUCAGAAGGUGAUGGUUGUUUUGUUGAUGUAGAUUGUUGUUUACAUUGGUCUUGUUCUGUUCGAGAUACCUGGCUUAGAGGAUUUCGAUUUCUGAUGCCGGCUUGACUGGCAUAGUAGUAGGCUUCUUCACAGCACCCGGCUUCACUCUAUAUGUACUCGGUCAAAGGCAGAAGGGUGCAAGGUUUACUUGUUACAACAUGAUGGUUGAAGUGAUCAUGGGAUUUCUCACGCCACAGACGCGUCUUUGUGGGGCGACAUAGGCGAGUCUUGGAGUUGGCAGAUCCCGACCCUAUCUGGCGUCGGCUCAACACGCUGCACGGCCCUCGCGUAUUAGAUAUGCGAUGCUGUGCCAAUGUUAUCUGCAUGUUCGAGAAUCGGUGACGUUUUACAUAAGACCGAGCUAGCAACCUGC